CAGUUGAUGUUGACAUUGACUUCAUUUGAUACCUCUGCAAUGAGAUGGUCGACAAGAGUUGUCCCUAGAGUGUUCCAGUCAACGUCUCCUUGCUCAGCUGAAAUACGUACAUUUACGGGCCUCUGAAGCUCUUGCAAGCAAAUACAAGAACUUACUCUUGGGCAGUGUAAGUGGGCUUGAGGCACACGCUGACAUUGCGCAGGAAGUCUGCUCGGCUCUAGCAGUGGCUCAUUGCCGGCGACUACCAAGUCUGCGAAGUCCGGAGCAAAAUCCCCAGUCUCCAGCCGGCCACCCAAGUUUGCGUUUCGUCUACUUGCGCCCCUGAAUAGCGAAGGUCAUGGAAACAGCUAGGCUGAAUCUUCAGGGGGCGGAGGGGGUGGUAACGCUAAGGUCGCUGAUGAUGCCCACCAAAGAGAACGGGGAGGUGGACUGGAACACGCUUGGAAACAUUCUGACUGCGAGAAUGGUGGAGGAGGUAUUGUAUGGGUCGUAUAUUGACAUAAAGCAUAGGGAGUCACGGCCAAGUUUCACGGUGGACACAGACUGGAAGUUUUCAUAUGAGGAAAGUGGCGUGGUUGUGCUCAGGAAGAACAAUGCUGACUCCCCCAUUCACAGUUGGAUGGGUCGGACUGUGAUUGAUUUUCCACUGGAGGAAAUAGCUUCAUUCAUAGCAGACCCCGACUCAGCUCCUCUGUAUGACAAGUACAUCACCGAAUCAAGAACGGUACAUCGCAUAUCGUAUUCCGAAACUCAUACAGAUGCUAUUGGUAAGUCACGGCUCACCGCAAGACAAACAGAUACUGAGUUCAGUUUCUUUGCAGCAUACUACAAAUCUGAAGCUAAGCAUUGUUUGGUCAAGACAGUUCGAGACUUCCUCUUUUACGUUCGCUACCUCCACUUUGAUGGCAAAUACAUCCAGACUGCCAUGUCAGUGGAGCACACAGCAUGUCCACCUGUUCCUGGAGUAGUCAGAGCACUGAUAAAUCUGGGGGCCGGAUGGCAUCUGGAGCCGUUCAGAGGGAGUCAACAGAGAACAUUGGUCACCUACCUGGCUCAUAUGGACCUGGUGGAUAUUCCUCCUAUUAUUGGAAACCGCGUACUCAAGAGACAACCGCUGAACAUACUCUAUGUCAGUAAACACCUCGCUCAGCGUCAGAGAGAGAUACAAAGAAGUCUCUCUCUGUCUCCCUCGACCUCUGAGAAGGGGGAGAAAGGAGAGGGGGAGGAGGGUGGAGGGUUUGAUCCCACACACUUUGAGGAUGCCCUGCCUGUCAGAGUGUUCACACGUGACUCGUUGCGGACCAGACGAACAGUGUCAGAUCCUCGUCACAACUGAUUUGUCUUUUACGUGUAUAUAUGACAGUGUGUGUGUGCUUCGUUUGCUGUAGUACUUUGUUUUUAAAAAACUGUGUAUAAAAAGUUGAUGAAAAGACAAAAGAAGAAGGUGAAGUUAGUCGCUGUCAGUGAACCCUGGGUCUGUAGCUGGCUGAUGGUCCUGCAUUCUCGGCUCAGUAUCAUUAUUGUCCUCGUGACUGUGACUGUGGCUUGACACUUGUGUACUGUCCCAACAUGACUGACUACUGUCAUUCUGAGGCAGUGUC